AUGAUGCAGGACCUCGCCAUCUCGGACUCAGGAUCAGCCUCGACGUCCACCAACGCUACCUCCACCUUCGGCUGUACAUCCAUGACCACCGCCACGCCCGGCUCAUCCACGGCCACAGCCACCCCCAUCAUCGUCAAUGCGUCACCUUUGGCUUCGACUUCGGCUUCGAGCCUGCGGAAGCUGGAGACGCAGGGCCCCUCAGCCGGCGCGAAAGUUGCGAUUUUGUCGCAGGCCGAGGCUCCAGCCAAGGUGACUAUAUCAACUGUUCAUAGGAAUCGAUCUAAGAGGGACCUUAUCCCUGACUGAUACCUUCUUUCUUCUCGGUGUUGCUUCUCUCACACCAAAAACAGGUGGAUCUUCCCCAGCCUCCGAAGGAGGGGGGCUCACGCUCACCGGCCGUCAUCAUUACCCACACUACGCCGAGACGGGCAUUCAAAUCGACUCAAGUUGGUGCAAAACCGAUUACACGAGAGAUGGAGAUCGGAACUUCCCGAGCCGAUUGGUCUUCCGAGUACAUUCAUCGGCAUGAACCGGAGGUGAUGGGCAAUUUUUUGCUCGGCAGAAUGACGGGCAACUCGCCGCAAUACAGAGACGUGCUACGUCGCGUGAGGGAGGCAUUGGAGCGCAUGCCGGAGGUCGUGAUGACAGAAUGGAAGGAACAAGUUGAGCAGGAGUUCAAGGAUGAGGCGAAUAAGAAGGGGUCGGACGAGGAGGAGGCCGAACACUGGGCGGAGAGGCUCGCAUCGCUCGUAGGUCUUUCCCCUUACUCGACACGUAUCGGAGACGCCCAUCGUUGA